AGCAAGCACAGUUGCGACUGAAAUUUGUACGAGAGAAAAAACGGAUUAAAGCAGGAUGUACGAGUAUUUGGACACAGUUUUCAUAUAAAUGCAUUUUUGACUCUAUGCCACGUGAUUCCUUUUACAGGAGGAGAACCUGGAUGGAUUGUGCAAGCGAACUAUGCUACUUUUUUCCAGUAACCAGUAGCUGACUGCGGCAAUGGUUUUGAACGUUGACACGCUUAGGACUUCAAGCUGAUUGUCUCGACCAAAGACCAGAUCUGUGAAUGCUGUCCGAAUCUGGUGGGGUCUGAUGGAGAAGGAGAGGAAGCCAGGUUACUUUGCCAGGCUGAAGAGAAGAAAACAGAUCAAACAGGACCAAUCCCAAUCUGUGGCAGCAGGGCAGAAGCAAUCGCCACCAUCACUGGCAGACGUCGCAAAUGCGACGGAGGAGCGGGAGGAGACAGCCCCCUCUGCAGCGACAGGCUCGGACGCGUCCAAGAACCCGGCAGCCACGCCCGGGGACCUGCAGGGCAAAUCCCACGGUGAGGACCAGCAGAAGGAGAGCUGCCCCAAGAGUCAGAGUCCCCAACAAGACAGGAAGCAGCACACAGAUGAUGUUGGGAGCUCUAAGGGCCAGGGGAAGAGAGACAAGAGGAAGCCCCCAGGAACUGUGGAAUACACGGUGGGACCUCAGGACACCCUGAACAGUAUCGCCCUGAAGUUCAACAUCACCCCGAAUAAACUUGUGCAGCUCAACCGUCUCUUCUCCCGCAGUGUGGUCACAGGACAGAUACUGUUUGUUCCUGAUGUUGGCCAAGCGGGAACAGGCCCGGAGAGCUCAUCCCCCAAAAUCUCAUCUUCAGAACAGGAGGACAAGCUGCAGGAUGCUGACUCAGUAUGCAGGGAGGCCAAGCCUAUUCGCAGGAUGCUGUCUCCACCGUCGGAAGACGAGGAGCCGCCGACCGUGAAAUUCCUGAAGAUGAGCUGCAGAUACUUCACCGAUGGCAUGGGUGUUGUCGGAGGAGUGAUGAUCGUGACGCCCAACAACAUCAUGUUCGACCCGCACAAGUCGGACCCCCUGGUGAUCGAGCACGGGUGUGAGGAGUACGGGCUGAUCUGCCCCAUGGAAGAGGUGGUGUCCAUCGCGCUGUAUGACGACAUAUCCCGCAUGGAGCUGAAGGAUGCCCUACCAUCCGACCUACCCCAGGAUCUCUGUCCCCUGUACAGGCCGGGGGCGUGGGAGGACCUGCCGUCCGAGCGCGACCUCAACCCCUUCAGCCGAUUCGAGGCCCUGAAACAGGACAAGGGGCCCAUCAUUCUUGAUGACAUCGAUAGCAUCGUCACAGACGCGGGCGAACAGGACGCCGCCGAGAAGUCGUCGCCGGACGAGGGUUUCACCGAGCUCGAGGUGGAGCUGAGCAGCAACACAGACGAGUCUCACAGCAGAACUGGGAUCACCUCGGAGGUGCUGGAGGAGUCCAUUGAGAAACCCAUCGAUCCUGGGAUGAAUUCCCCAUCGGACAGUGCGUGUGGAGUCUUAAACAAACCAGAUGGGGAGAAGGAGAAGGAAGAGGACGGACCUAUAGAUACCCACCUCACUACGGAUGCUGGGUCACCACACAAUCCUGUUCACAGAGACAUUCUUACAGCAAGUGAAGGGAAUUCUGGUAUAUCUGAUGGGGAGGGUGAGCAUCCUGCCUGUACUACAGACAACCCCAUUGAUGUGGGAUCAGCAGGAACAGAGAAGUUGCAUAAUGGAGUUACUGACUUGCCGGUCAAUGUGGCUGCUAAGGCGGUGUCUGGGGACCACAAUAGGAAGCUGAGUUUAGGUGAGAAUGCCGGGGCUUCUGGGAAGUGUAGUCAGCUGAGCUUAAGCCCAGCUGAGGAGGUGAUGAAUGGUGAGGGAGCCACUCCAGCACCGAUGACUGAGGAAGAGGAGCGAAGACAGAAGAGUGAGGAGGAGAUGAAGUCUUGGCUGAUGAAGAGAAUGCAGGCACCCAUUGAAGAUUUGCUGCUAUCUAAAGAGGACAAGAGCAAGACUCCACCCAUGUUCCUGUGCUUUAAGGUGGGCAAGCCCAUGAGGAAGUCCUUUGCCAUUGGUCGAACGUCAAGCCCUGCCCACCAGUAUGGCAGGAGAGGCAAACAGCCAGAAUACUGGUUUGCUGUCCCUCAGGAAAGGGUGGACCACCUCUAUAACUUCUUCGUCCAGUGGUCGCCGGACGUCUAUGGGAAGGACUCCAGAGAACCAGGUUUUGUUGUGGUGGAGAAAGACGAACUGGACAUGAUUGACAACUUCUUCAGUGACCCCACCCCCAGAAGCUGGGAGAUCAUCACGGUCAAUGAGGCAAAGCGGCGUCAGAGCGUAAGCAGCUUCGAGGAUGAGGAGCCGCUGGACCUGCUGCCGGUGCUGACUGACCAGAGCGUGCUGCUGGAGGAGACCCACAUUGAGAAGCUAGCCAAUCACCUGCCAGCACGAACACAGGGAUAUCCAUGGCAAUUGGUCUACAGCACAGCAGUGCACGGAACAAGCCUGAAGACGCUCUACAGGAACAUGACUGAUCUGGACUGCCCUGUGCUGCUUGUUAUCAAGAACAUGGACAACCAGGUUUUUGGGGCAUUCUCAACACACCCAUUCAAAAUAAGUGAGCAUUGCUAUGGCACAGGAGAGACGUUCCUGUUCAGCUUCAACCCUGAGAUUAAGGUUUAUCGUUGGAGUGGGGAGAACUCUUACUUCAUAAAGGGAAACACAGAUUCUUUACAGCUGGGAGGAGGGGGGGGUCACUUCGGGCUGUGGCUGGACGCUGAUCUCUAUCAUGGCUCCAGCUCCACCUGCUCCACCUUCCGCAACCAGCCACUAUCCACUGAGCAGGAUUUCACUGUGCAGGACCUGGAAGUCUGGGCCUUCCAAUAAACCCAUCUCACUCACACAGUGGCAUCAGUCCUGUCCACACGAUACAUUGUUUAACCAGUUUCAAACGAAGGAUGGGGAGAGCCGCAUGGAGGACAGGCUGGUGCCACUCACACUCUGUCGGCUGCCUUACUCUCACCCUCCCGUAUCCCAGCAUGCAGCUCAUUCCAGACUGUCAACAGACCCGAAUUCCAAACCACUACAUGCAGAGCAAGGAAAAGGAGACAAGAAUUAACACGUUAAAACCAAACACUGCUUCAAAGUGUAAAGAGGAAUUGUUUACAGAAUUAUACCACCCUUAGUUAAGGGCUGUUUAUUUCAUGUCAGGAAUAAGGAAUGGCUUGAAUGUUAGUCACAUUUCCUUUAUUUGUAGCACUCUUUGUGUCUUUUUAUGAAUCCAAACAAAUGCACUCUAAGAAAGGACAAAAAAGGAUAUCAU